AAAAAGUGGGGUGGGGAGGUGAGGAUCGUCGACUUCUCCAGGAUUCUUAUACUCCCUCGACUUUUCUGCUUGACAUAUAGAGAGACCCUGAAUCACAUCACAAAAGCAAUGAAUAGGAUUUAAAGCAAAAUGGAUUCUUGGAUCAUUUUCUAACCAAAGUCUCUAUUUUGGAAUAUCGGCACCAGGAUUGAGUGAGUAAUUCCGGAUUUUCAACGGUUUCUUCACCUAUAGAAGCCUAAGAGGAUACUGGCGGAUUUACAUUUUUGUGACUCUGUUUUUCUGACCUACAUCUGCCUCCUUUUGAUGUAUGUGGGGAUAUAUGUGUGCGUGUGCAUGGAGGAGAAGUUUUAGCACUAACACACACUGACUGCCCCACUCCACCCCGCUGGCCCAAAACGAGGAUAAAACACCUGGGGCAAGAGCUGUAAUAAAGACACACAAAUACACACACACGCGCGCACACACUGGAUAACAUGUGGAGCUGAUUUGGAUUAUAGAGCCACACAGACGGAAAAGGUCUGUGGAUAGUCAGGCGUUCUACCAUGCCUGUCCCCCCACCCCUCAACCCCUGCAGACAAAAACACCUGCCCCACUCGCACAGCUACCGUGAACAAAGGGCAGAAGGAUCCACCAUUUCCUCACUUUUCCCUCCAUUCACCCUCUCUUUUCUCCCCCCUCUCCUCAUCUCAUCUUUGCCCUCUUCAUCCCAUCUUGUCCACUGCGCCUGCCCCAGGGCUACGAAAAGGACCCUCCUAGGCUCUGUCCCUUUCCCAGCUUUUCACUGGCUAACUCUAGUCACAUGCUGCCUGCUGCCAUCUCUAAUUGGAGCAGGGGAGACGUGGGGCGUGGUCUCAGCCUGUCCCUUUCACUGCGUGUGUCGAAACCUUUCGGAGUCGCUGAGCACACUCUGUGCCGACAAGGGCCUCCUGUUUGUCCCCCCACACAUUGACCGGCGCACUGUUGAGCUGCGACUGGCUGACAACUUUAUCACAGAAGUAGGUGGGAAUGACUUUGUCAACAUGACAGGCUUGGUUGAUUUGACUCUGUCAAGGAACACGAUCCACUUGAUUCGACCGAUGGCCUUUGGUGACUUGGAAAGUUUACGCUCCCUGCACUUAGAUGGUAAUCGCUUGACAACCGUAGGACCCAGGGACCUCACAGGAUUGGUUAAUCUGCAACAUUUGAUCAUCAACAACAACCAGCUGAUUAAAGUCUCUGUCCAGGCUUUUGAUGAUUUCCUGCUUACACUGGAAGACCUUGACAUGUCCUACAAUAACCUCAGGAGGGUACCAUGGGAGUCCAUCCAGAACAUGGCUAGUCUACAUACUUUGAACUUGGAUCAUAACCUGAUAGACCACAUAGCAGAAGGAGCCUUUGGAGAGCUGUAUAAGCUUGCAAGACUGGAUAUGACCUCCAACAGGCUGCGGACUCUGCCUCCUGAUCCCCUGUUUGCAAGGUCCCAGACUGGUGCAAUAAGUCCUACCCCCUACAAUGCUGUGAUAAGUCUAAAUUUUGGGGGGAACCCACUGCACUGCAACUGUGAGUUGUUAUGGCUACGGCGACUUAUCCGUGGAGACGACAUGGAGACAUGUGCCACACCUGCUCACCUUGCAGGAAGGUAUUUCUGGUCAAUUCCAGAGGAGGAAUUUACAUGUGAACCACCUCUCAUCACCCGUCACACCCACAAGCUGUGGGUCUUGGAAGGACAGCGGGCCACGCUAAAGUGCCGUGCCAUUGGGGAUCCUGAGCCUGUUAUACACUGGGUUUCACCGGAUGACCGCAUCAUUGCAAACUCAUCCCGGACCAGCUCCUUCAGUAAUGGCACCUUGGAUAUCUUAGUAACUGUUGCCCGCGAUGAUGGAGCAUAUACGUGUAUCUCAAUAAAUGCAGCAGGUGAAGCCACUGCUACUGUGGACCUAAAAAUAAUCCCCCUGCCUCACCGGGGAGGAGCGGGUGGAAACGCGGGGAAUAACAACGUAAAUACCAUGAACCACAGAAAUGUGACCAAUGGGAUUUUACGCACUGAUCCUGGCUCCUCAGAUAUCAGCACAGGGAAAAACGGAGGGAUUAACAAUGGUGCUGGACGUGGAGGAGAGGCGGAACAUGGAAGGCAAGGUGGAGGGGAUGAUGAAGAGGGUGACAGUGGCAGGGCCUCUGAUGGAGAGCGAACUGAUGGUAGAAGCAUGGAGGAUGAGGAAGAGGAGGAUGAGGGGGAAGGGAAGAUGGUUGGAGUACAAGGGGUUACGUCAACCUCAGCUCAGGUCCGAUGGGAUUUGGGACGUUUGUCUGCAACUUACGUUGUCUGGAUGUAUCAGAUACAGUACAACUGCACUGCAGAUGACACCCUCAUCUACAGAAUUCUCCCUUCAACCAGUGACCGCUUCCUGUUGAAAAACUUGGUUUCCGGGGUGGACUACAACCUGUGUGUGCUGGCCAUUUUUGAUGACACAAUAACGUCAUUAGCAGCGACAAAAGUUCUGGGCUGUACCACAUUCUCCACCAAGGACGUUUACCCAGCAUGCCGUUCUCUUCAAGCCCACUUUCUGGGUGGUACACUGACCAUCUUGGUCGGUGGCGUUGUUGUGGUCACCUUACUCGUGUUCACUGUGGUGCUUAUGGUUCGCCACCGUGUUUGCAAUCACGGCGACCACAUAAUAUGUCACAGCAGCAACGCUGAGGUGGGAGGUGGGGCCUGCUGUCAAGGUGGAGGUGUAGGGGGUGGGGACAAAGGGGGAAACAAUAGUGGGUGCUAUCAAUCAAAUGGUUCUGGGGACAUGAUGAUGGUGGUCCUGCCCAAUGGUCUCCCAUCCAAAAGAGGGGAAAAGGACAAGGAAAACAACACGGACAAAGACAAAGAAGCAGCUGAUUCUGCUUCCUCUAUGCCUCCAAAACUCCCUCCUAAGCCAAGGCCCAAGCCUAAAGUCAACCUGGAACAGUUCCUUUCAGCUGGGGGGGUUGUUUCAACAACAACGGGGACAGGAAGUGAGAUGGCAUUAGUGGUGAGGCAAAGGAAGCUGGAGAAAAUGCCAGCAUACACACCUGAAAGUGACAGAGUUCCCCUCUACUACUCCCCUUCCCCUUCAUCAACCCUUCCCCGACAGUCACGCUCCAGAGAUCGCCCGACACCUCGUCUGGAACGAGAACUGACUAAUCGCGCCAGUUUCUCUCUGGCUGCACCGCUGAGAGACUCAGAGCUGUUGGACUGGAGAAUAAUUCCCAGAGGCAGGGACAAAUGGAACUCCUCACAGGCUUAUCAGAGUCCUGUGCCCCACCUAAGUUCUGCCCGUGGAACUGUUAGCAAACGGCGGCACUCGCUUGACAUGGGUUCAUCUGUGGCCCUAGCGACAGAUGCCGCGGCAACUGUUGCCAAGCACUACGGCGCCGUAAGUUACGCCAAGCGGCUAAGCGUGAUAUGGACAAGGCGGAGCCAGUCACUUCAUGGAAUGCUGGUACAGUGCGCGUCAACGGCGAGCACGGCGUCUUCGACAACCAGUGAUGAGGCAGAAGUUGGCGGGGGCCUGGGAGCGCGCUGUGACUUCCAGCGGGGAUACAUCCAUGCUUACAACACCACCAACUCCAACUCCAACACUGGGGUCACUACUGGGAAAGCAGGUGGUCCAAAAGACAAAGGGAGGGAGAGAGGAAAGGAUGGAAGGAAUGCUGAGGAACUUGAGGAAAGUGUUGUGUAGGGGAAAGUGAAACAUUUUUUUUUUUGAAAUUCUAAGAGGGAUAAAAGGGUCUAUGAGUGAAGAAUAUGACUGGGAUCAUGAUUUAAGGAGGUUAAAGAGGUAAGACAGGGAAAUUAAGUGAUUGCAGGUGAGGGAUGGAUAAUUGUGAGCUCAAAAUUAUUAUUUCUCACUUGUGCAGCUCCGUGAUUUGCCUGGGGGGAAGUCAUGAAAAGUGUAGAGGACAAGGGAAAGUGUACCUGAAAGUGAGGUUGAGAUUUUUAAAGUGAUUCUUUAUGCUGACCUGGAGAGAGUUGGGAGGAGAAAUUAGUAGGCGAGAGAUGCAGGAGUGGGAAAAAUGUUAGUUUGUGACUGUUUAAAAAUGGGCUGAGCACAAGAUGAAUCAGUAAGACGCCUAAAAAAAAACGAUUGUUCACAAUUGAAACAAAAAAAGUGACACAAAAACAAAAAAUUUAUGGGCAGGGUGUGACAGUUGUGAGGCAAGACAAUAUGAAUGGUGAGAGAAAGGGGGAGAUAUAAUCAAAGAGGGGGAAAUCAAUAGAGCAACAGAAUGAAGGUUAUAUAGAGGAGAUAGAGAUGGCUCGCUCAGCAUGGCUUCACAGUAAAGCCUAUAAACUAAUAGAACCAGACUCCUGUUAACACCUAAACUCUCCCAGGCCCCAUUCCUCACUACACCACAAGGGUUUAUGGUAUGGUUGGAUCCAAACCUGGAAACAAAACAGCUAAUUGGAGAAUUACUCAUAUCUGACAAAAAAGCAACAAUGAUGAAGAUUUUGAUGACACGGCCGUGCUUUGCUAUCGUGUUUUUAACUCCCAACACUGAUUGCCAUUAAGAUACUUCUUUCCUAACCACAAUGAAUGUGACUUUUAUGUGUCCUCUGUGGCUGGACAAUGAUUUUGGCUCAACGUGCCUGUGGAUUAUGGGAGCAUAAAUACAGCGCCGGGUGAAUUGGACAUGAUCAAUCGUUAUGGGGUGCGAGGGGCUUGGACAUUAUUAAAAGAAAGAAAAUUGGGAUUACACUGGAGUCAAUAUGGAUUACAAAAUGGACGGCACAGUGGCGUACGGUGGAACAUGAGCAUUCUUGAAAGACAAGAUCAUAUUGUACAUUGGAUAAUAAUGGACCAAAAGAUGAGUGACGCUAAUGGAGGCAUAAAUGUGCAUGCACUGAUGGAUCAGGAUGUUGUAUGUGUGCAUUUUCUUGUGUGCACAUAUACUGUAUGUGAAUGUUUGUGAGGGGAAAUUCCAUCAGUGAGACUGCAUCCAUCUGGAGUGCUUUCUGGAUAUGCUGUAAAACAUAUACAUUUAAAAAUGUAGGAGAGGAGGUGAUCAAUACACCCAAAGUGAAAUCAAAGUGAAAAGACAUUUCCACCGAUACCAGAACAAAGCACACUGAGACAUGGUCAGACAGCAGGGACCAUUGACGGGGAUUUGAAUUAAUUUUCUGUGACUUCAAGCACCUUUGUGACUAAAGGAUUCACUUUAAAUUCAAACAGUGAAUGUUGUCAGAGAGGAACCACUGACAGUACACACUAUUGUAUUGGAAUGACUGAGCUACUGGAACAAGAAGAGACUCUCAAAAACAUCUAUCAAUGAGUAAAAAAAAAAUGAUCCUGAAAGUUCAUAUAUAUAGUAUAUAAAUAUAUAUAUAUAUAAAAUGAUGUUACAUGUCGCACUAUGUGUUUCUGUUUUCUGGGGAAUGAUGUUAGGAUCAAAUACAAACUAUGUGUGAUUUUUUGUUUGAAACAAAAAAUCUUCAUGAUUAGAACAGAAAAUCUUUAUCAUAACCAGGCAGAAAAAAAAUAAAGGUCAAACAGAUACUGAAGAAGCACACACACACACACCGCACAAAACAACAGACACACAAAAAUAGAUGCCUAUAAAACAGAGCCAAUUAUAAAUAAUUAUGACUUAAUGAUUAUUGUUGUUUUUUCUGUUUUCAUUUCAUUUUGCCAAAGUCAAUAUUGUUCUCUGGACUUGAUAUAAAUAAUAAAAAGGACACGUAUGAAACGCAGACUCAUAUACA